AGUGACAGUGCAUGAUUGCGAAGUACCUGGAAAUUGGAUACACAACAUACCUUCAGAUAUACCAGAUCAAGUCAAAAGGAUAUCUUUUCAGGUUCCACUUGGAUUGAAAUGAGUCAAACUGGCACACAGCCAUUUGGGAAAUUCAGUUAGAAGAAUGCUGUAAAUGAUUGUCCCUUGUUUUUGUUGUUAAAAAGAGUUUCUUAUAGAAUAUUGAUGUGAGUGUUUUUACCUUGGAGUUACUUAGGAAAAAUUGAUUUGCUGAAUUCUCGUCUUAGUUGUUUUAAGGAGUGUUAAUACUGUGGAAGAUGCCUUAUAAAAACAGUGACAAACGCAAAGAGAAGUCGCGAGAUGCUGCCCGGUGUCGCCGGAGCAAGGAGUCGGAGGUGUUCUAUGAUCUGGCUCACAACCUCCCGCUUCCUGUCAGCGUCUGCAGCCAGUUGGACAAAGCGUCCAUCAUGAGGCUAUCCAUCAGCUACCUCAAGCUCAACCAAAUACUCGACAAGGACGGAUAUAGAGAAGAUGAAGAUGAUUUUGAUCUUGAGUGUGAAGAAGACCUGCUGGCAAAGAGGCUGGAACAGCUUUACCCUAAAGCUCUGGAAGGAUUCAUCUUCAUCCUGUCUAAGGAUGCUGAUAUCAUUUACCUGUCUGAAAAUGUUGUCAAAUACCUUGGCAUUCCACAGAUUGAACUGAUAGGACAAAGCCUCUAUGACUUCUCACACCCAUGUGACCAUGAGGAGAUUCGUGACAUGCUUUCGGUUCGUGCUAGCAGUCAGAAGUCGAAAGGAUCUGAAGACAAGGUUUUCUUCAUCAGACUGAAGUGCACUCUUACAAGCAAGGGGAGAAACGUCAAUCUCAAGUCGGCUACCUACAAGGUAUUAAAAUGCACAGGCCACCUGGUGACAGAGAAGAAGGGUGGUAAAGAUACAGACGGUCUGGACCUGUGGCCCUAUCUGUUGUCGGUGGGUGAACCCAUCCCGCACCCAUCCAACAUCGAGGCACCUCUGGACAGCCAUACGUUCCUCAGCAAACACAACAUGGACAUGACCUUCACCUACUGUGAUGAAAGGAUUGAGGAUCUAAUUGGCUACAACUGUGAAGACCUGAUUGACAAGUCUCUGUACAACUACCAUCAUGCUUUGGACAAUGAGAUCGUUGAGAAGGCGUACAAGGAUUUGUUUGCUAAGGGUCAGAUAAUGACUGGACAGUAUCGCUUCCUGGCGAAGGGAGGAGGCUAUGUGUGGGUGAUCACCCAGGGAACAAUCAUCUACAACAACCGCACUCAGAAACCGCAGUGGGUCGUCUGUGUCCACUACAUUAUGAGUGCUGUUGAAGAAAGGGACACAAUCCUGUCUGAGGUGCAGCUUCCAUCAGCGAAAGAACUACUGCCAUUCAAUGUGGAACUGGUCACCGACAAGAUAUUUGUUCCAAAGACAAAAGACAUGGAUGAGGGAUUCUACCUUCCACAGGACCUCAAGAGCCCGGUUACCUUGGAAGAACCAGAGGACCUUGACUACUUGGCACCAAAUGCUGGUGAGGGAUGUGUACCACUUGGCUUCCCUACUCUGGAGCAAGUUUUGAUGUAUGGACAAGGCUGCAAGAAGAAACUUCUUUCUCCCACCACGUUGAAGGAGGAGCCUGGUACCAGUAUGCACACUGUAUGCAGACAAAAGGAAAUGAUUUCCAGCACUGCGACAACUCCAGAACCGCAGUCUCCCCAGAUGAAGAGCCCUGAGGAAUACACAACCCCUGCCAACAUGAUUGAUGUGAACAACAUGGAUCAGUUUUUCUCAGUUAUCGACCCAAGUGCCAAGGAUGAAGCUGAGGCAGCAAAGAACAUUGAUAUGAGCAUGCGAGCUCCAUUUAUCCCGAUGACAGCUGAAGAAGAUUUGUGCCUGAUGCCGCCAAGUGAGACACUGUAUUCAAUGAACACUGAUUUUGACCCUGGACUGUUUGGCAAGACUGAGACCGUGUUCAUGCCUAAAUCUGCCUUGUUUGAGUUCCCUCCAGCAGCACCACAACCCAGCGUACAUGAAAUGAUAGAAGGCAGCACAGUUGUCCAGAGCAUUGAGCGACCUGCCGACAAGAAGUACCAGCAGGUUAAACGGCCACUCGACAUGAACAGUUUAGAAAAGGGGCCUCCUGUUUCGAAAGUCAUGAAGAUGAACCUGCCUCCAGCAUCACAAGACUUGAAUUCUGGAGGUAUGGCAUCAAAAGACAGUGUCUUGCUUAACUUAUUAUUGACUGGAGAAGAUCGUAAUCAUGGCUACAAAGUUAGCUCCCUUCUGCAAGGUGGUAAGCAACAGUUGAUGUCAACAUCUCAAUCGAUGCUGUUGCCAUGUCUGACGAAUCACGACUGCGAGGUGAACGCCCCCACCUCCUCCCACUCUAAUCUCCUGCAGGGCCAAGAUCUCAUCCAGGCACUCGAACAGUCGCAUCCAAGACGCACCAGCAUCAGCGGAAAAGUGUGAACACAAUCCCAGUAUACUUGACAGAGACGCAAAUAUAUAUAUAGUUCUUAGAUAUAGAUUGACUGUAGGUUGGCUCACCUAUCAUGGUAUUUUUGAGAUUUGUCAACAUUCACUUAGUCCAGCAUAAAUAUAGUGAAUUAUUGUGGUAACAUUUUUGUCUAUUAUUACUGAAUUAUCUUUGAUUGUGUUGAUCCUAUUGUAAUGUUUUAACUUUUGUUUUUAAAUUUGACUUGUGUUGGAGAGCUGUGUUAUAAUUGGUUGGGAAUUAUCAUGCACAUUUGUUACACAUAUUGAUAUUUGUACAGCCAUGACAACUGUCUGACUACUACAAAAGCAUAAAUAGACGAAACUCCUAGAAAUUUUCAUGUUCAUUUAUUUUUUAUUUUAAUUUUAGUUUUUUGGACAGAUUAUUUUAAAGUUUAUUGAUCCUUAUGUUUUGUAAUACAUUUAUUACUAGAUUUGUUUUGUUGUGAAUACUAAAAUUUUAAUUUUUAAAUGAAAUCACAACUUUCAAAAUUUAAGUGUUCUACUUGUAUAUGUUGUUUUGGGCACUUGUUAUAUUUAUCACAUUGAUAGUGAAAUAGUUUGACAGUUGUCACGUUAUUGCUGAAAACAUGCAAGUAUAUCUAGUUGUUUAAUCCAUAUGACACUCAUACUUAAUCUUUAUAACAUUUAUCUGGUUGCAUGGUCUAUAAGAUGACUUGUGACCUAACAUAUUUUUACCAUAUGACAACAGUACAAAAACUUUUUUUUUUGUAUAAUAUAUUUUUGCAUGUACAUACAUAUAGACUUUAAAAUGUGUCUCAUUACCAAAUUGUUAUAGGCAACUUUUACGGUGAAACUUCAAAACAGAACCUCUAUUAAAUCAGAAUUUCCUCUAAAUCUUCUCUAAAUCUUCUCUAAAUCUGUCCUUUUUCACAGUCCCAUGAAGUAGUGAUCUUCUAUUGCUAAAUGCACCCAUGAUAACCAGAAACCCCUCUGAACACCAAACCUAUUAUUUGGUCUCUAGCAUCAGUUUUACCUCUGAAAAUUUAACACUGUGUAGCAGAUACACAACAUAUAUGUGCGAAUGUCUGAUGACAUCUGUUAGUGCUAAUGCUGAAAUAAAAGUCCCUAGAAUGUAACAUUUGAGUGAGAAAGUGCUGAAGGGUUUUAAUGAUUGAGAGCUGGGAGGUUGUUUUGUCAAACCAGCUUUAUUUUAACAACUGGUGUCUUGUUUUGUAUGUUACAUUUUGUUUUAAUCGACCGCUGAUGGCUCAUUAUAUAUUUUGUGACAGAUUUAAUGCUAUUGUAUAGUAAAUUAUAGCAGUAUGUGAAAUUUUUGUACAUAACUAUGAUUCAAUGUUUUUGUCUAAAUUGAGGGGAUUGUAAUGCUGUAUUUUAUCAUUUGUGGAUGUUAAUGCUGGUCUGCUGUCACAAAUUGAGUUUUAUUUACCAGUGAUGUGACUGUAAAACCAGCAUAACAUUUAUAAAUGAUGAAACACAACAUAGUUAUCUCCAUUCUAAUUCAAUAAAUGCAUUUUAUUAAAAUUGUUCAUGUAAGUAUUCAUUUUUCAGAAAGAACACAACAUUAACAAAAACCUGGUCACUAAAUUGUGUUUCAAUCAUCGGCCUUAUAAAAUAAUUAUUGUGCAAACAAAUAAAAAACCCAUAUUUUUAUCUGUAGUGCAACUGUUGCUCCUAAUUUUAUUUUUGUAAUUUAUUGUUUUAGUAAUAACAUCGUCAACCAUAAAUACUGAUUUUAGUUAAUCUGAACACUUAUCGCAACAACCGAUUGUGCUGAUUCAUACUUCAGCAAUCCUGUCAGCAUGACACAAACACUUAUGAACAGAAUUUAGAUCAUUUAAACUGUUUGAAUAUGUGCUAUGUAAAAUAGGCUUUUGGGGUCUCCCCAUAAUUUUAACACAUUAAUGCUAAUUUUACAUUAUAUGGAGAUUGAAUGAGAAUGAGCAUUUCUUUUUAUAGUUUAAAAUUAAGAUAUUAUAGACUGGGAAAUCUACAGUUUAUGUUAAUUUUCAAAAAUACUGAAAAAAAUUAUUUGGAGAAAAUAAUAAAAAGUGAUGUUUCUCAGUAUUACAUCUGAUUAUCAAAUCAAACUAUAAUCAGAUAUGUAUUUAUAAAUUUUUGCCAUUCUUUGAAUCUCAGGACUAAAUAAAGAAACUAUUAACAAUCUUUUGUAAAUUGAUAGUAGAUUUGAAUUACUAUAUAUAUAUAUAUGUAUUAUUAGAGCAGGGUUUCUACCAGAGGGUAAAAUGGGUAUGGCGCCAUACCCAGAUUUUUUUGCAAUUUUGUUUGAAAAAGAUAACCUUUUAACAAAAUUAAUUACUCUUGUCAGUAAUGUAUGAUUUUCUUAACCCUAACCCUAAAUGUAACCCAUUUUCUUUCUGGGUUAGGCCCCCCACACCCCCUUUUGACUGUGGUUGCAUUCAAUUCCAUAGUGCCAUACCCAAAAAUUUCUUUCUGGUAGAAACACUGCAGAGGUACAAAAAAAUAUUCAGGCAUGGUUCUACAAUUUGAUUACCUGUUUGGCUUUAUUGUAAUUGUUUUUAAAUUGUUCUAUAUAACUUGUGCACAUAAUUAAAGUCAUAAUAUGUGUAUUUUAAGCUGUUGUUUGAUAUUUUAUAUGAAUGUCAGACUUAUUUUGUUUUCUAUGUGAAAGUUUUUAAUGACAUGUUAUUCAGUGUCCUACAGAAUUUCUUGGGUUUGAACAUUUUGUGCCUUUAUUGAAAAAAAAGUGGUUCAUCUCAAAAGACCUUACAAAUGUACCUGUUUGUAUAAUUUGUUUUGACACCAAUUAUCUAUAUAAAAGUUAUGAUGAAGGUUGAUUACAAACUUUCAUUUAAUAUUCAUUCCCCCUUUUCAGUUGCAGUAAAAACUAAAAUCUUUAUUAAGGCAAAUAAACAAAAUCAUUUUGAAUUAUUUAGAAUUUUCUGCCUCACAAAAUUUGAAAAUAAAGAGGGAUUAUCUUUAUUUACCUUUUUAAAAGGAUAUUUCCCUUAGGAAUGUUGCUUGUAUGUAUUUAUAAAAUCUUCUCUUUUUUUUAAAAUUAAUUUCAAGCAUGUUUACUUAAAAUCAUCUCGGUGAAUAUAAAAAUCUAGUAAAAAUAAAAGUAAAAUCAUACUCCAUAACUGUGGGUUUUGUUUUAGCAAAUAGGUCCUUUGUAUAAGACAUACUAGUAACAUACAGAACUUUGUUCAAAUGCUAACAUAUGAUAAAUAAGAAUCCGACAGCAUACUAUGGGUAUUUAGAAUUUAAAAACUUAAUUUCUUGUUCCAUUUUGAGGGUACUGAUAGUCAUAAUAUUGAUUUUUAUACCAAAUUAUUCCUUAUUGUGACCAACAGAACUAUAAGUAUAAGGUAAAAAAAAUAUAUAGCUGGUCUCUGUUCUGCACAUGCAGCGAUUUUGACCCUCAUGUGUCAACAUUUAAAAAAAAACCCAGCACAAUCUAUUGAGGAAAUGAAUUAUUUUUAAAAUAACUUCAUAAGCUUGUGUUCAUCAUUAAAAACAGUAGCCCAUGUAGUGGCGACAGCGGGUUUCCUCUCAAAAUCUGUGUGGUCCUUAACCAUAUGUCUGAUGCCAUAUAACCGUAAAUAAAAUGUGUUGAGUGCGUCGUUAAAUAAAACUUUUUUUUUUUUUUUAAAGCAAGCACUCAAUGCUGGCUUUGACCAUUGGCUAUCUUUAUAUUAUAUGUAAAAACAGGUUCUGUUGUUCUGAAUGAGUAGCAGGGCUUGUUUUUAAAGCAUUUUGAGGCAAGGUCAUAGUCAUAAAAGUUGCUUUGGAAAAUUUUAAUGAAAGCAUGUAGGGUUUGAGGAGAACAUAAAAAAAAAAAAUAUAACCCUUUUCUGUGCAGUUUAAUCCAUCCUUUUCAAAAACAACCACACACACAUACACAAUUUUCACCACAAUUCUGGAACUUUGGUCUGACCAGAGACCAACUAUAUACAUUUGUGUUGGGGGGGGGGGGGGGGGGGGGGGGCGGGGGGGGGGGGGCUAAUGUUUUUACAGAGAAAAGCAAUAUUCUACAAGGAGAUCAUUCCCACUUACAAAAGAGAUGGCUACAAAUGUAACACAUGACAAUAAAUAUUGAUAUAGCUGAAAGUAUAAAUCAUCUGACUUUUACAUUGUGAAUUAGCUUGAGGUCCAAAAGUCGGGAUAUAAUAAAACACAUUUAUCAAUAAUGCUAUUUGAUGUUCAACAAUCUAAUACAGUGUAAAAUACCAUUCAGCAUUUACAUUCAGCAAACUGAACAGUUAAUAAAAUGAAUCUUUUUGUAGUCUUUUAAGUUCUGAACAUUUUACUUGCCAUUCAUGUCUUUGAUGAAGAGAUUUAGCAUAAGUUUAAAAUUUCAAGUAAAAAAGAGACUCUUAUAAUUAUACGGAAAAGGGAUGUGUUUUUUGUGGAAGGUUAAAUAUAUGGCAUAAAUAUAAAAAUUAAUUUUUCAUUAAUAGUGUUACAUAUUUUAUUAUAAAAUUGUUUUUGAAUUUGUAAAUUAUUAAUAUAUAGAUACAUGUAUUAGAAUUGUUACCGGUAGUAAUUUUCUUUUGUAGCAAAAAAACACACAUUUUAAACACACAUUUCAGCAGUCAUCUUUUUGUACAGUAAUAUGUUGUACAGAUUAUUUUCAAUAAAGAAUAUUCAUUGCAUGUUGAUCAAAUAAUGCUUGUUACAUUUUUCUCGAUAAUAGUGCUAUUUUCUAUUUAUGUUCUUUUGUGUCCGUUCUUUGUCAUUGAUGCAUUGGAAAAUGCAUUUGUCUUUUUCUUAGCAUUAGAGUUUAAUACAGCAAUUUAUAUUUUGUUGCCUUUUACACAUUGUAUUAUAUUUCAUUUAAUCAUGUUCCUAAUGACUGAUUAUUAACAUGCUGUGCGUCUUUGCUACUUAUAUCGUAGUAAAAGGUAUUUUUUCUCCUGAGGCACUUGACACAUACACUAAAAACAUUUACCUUACCUUUUAGUUUAUGAAAAGCAAUUUAAAAAGUAAUAAUAAAGAAAUUAUAUAUAAUGUUGGUACAUUGAAAGAAACUCUUUUUUUUCUAAUUUAAAUACAGGUGUUUGGAAAAAAACGUGUUUUGCUUUUAAAUAUUUGUAAAACUGUUUUACUUAAUAGUAACAGUUUAUUGUAAUCAAUGUUAUUAAGAUAUAAUUAUGCUUAUUAUAUUUUAUACCAUGCACUAGAUACAUAAAAAAGUACAUGUAUUUAUUGUUAUUAAAUAAAUACAGUGAAAGGUGUUUAAACUAUGAGUAGGAUAUACCUAACAUAUUAUACUAGGUGAUGAUACUUACUGGUUAAUAACAUUUCUGAUUGGACUGGUCACCAAAUCCAUUAAUCAAUAGUUUUAUUUAAUUUGCUUUAAUAAUUCACCAGAACUUGAAAAAUAUAUUGUAAAUUUUAUUGCAUUAAAAGAUGACACAUUUGUAAAAGUAAGUGGAAUUAUUAAGAAAACAUGCUAAAUUUGAGGGCCUUAAUUUUUUAUUUUUUAUUUCGCAAUCAGAAUUUGAUUUUGAAAUAUGUUUUCAGACAGCUAUGUUUCCACAAGGUUUAUGAGGAUGGCAAGCAAACAAAGUAUGAUGAUGCACAAUUUUAGGGACCUUUUUCUUGAUGGACUGUUGUUAACAAAUAGGUUUUUAAGGAUAUAACUGGGAUGGGCUAUGGUUUGCCUGUGACCUGGCAGAAGCACUCUGUUAGGUAUAUAUUUUAUACAGUUUUAUCUAGGUUUUUAUUAGAAAUUAUAAACACUUUUUUGUACCAUAAGUAAAAUGCAAUCAUAUUAAAAUUCAUUUCCCAAUUCUCAUGUCGAACACUUUUCAUUGUGUUUUAUUUUAAAUUGUAAAUAAUACCAAUAGUGAAUUACGCACAAAUUUGCAUGUGGAAUUUUUUUUGAGUGUAUUUUGUAAAAAAAGCAAACAAACAAAAAACAUUUAUAUAUAAUAAUCAAGUAUAAUUUUUAUGCUAGUCUUAAAGUUUACUUUAUUGAAAUUUUCUUGAGUGACAGAUUCUGCUGUGAUGUGUACCCAAGUAAAUGGCAUUCAUAUUGGUUAUGGCUAAACAAUAGCAAUACUAUGAUGUACAAGUCUUCACAUCCCAGCAUAAAGUGGCAUAGAUGCAGUUGCAUUUUGCUUCAUCCAAUACUGCAUUACUGAUGGGCACCAAAUUCAUAAGAAUUCUAUUAUUUAUGGGGCACAUGCAAUCAAACAAAUUAUAAUAGUCAGCUGACUAAUUUUACAUUAAAUUUUAUAGCUAUUAAAAUGUCAGAUCUACAAUAACACAUCUAGAUUCCUGCCUCAAAUUUUAUUGGUUUGGUGACUUGUGGCAUACAGUUACUUUAAAACAUCUUUCCUGAUGGUUUUCCAUGUUUACCAGUUGUGCAAAUUAAGUCAUGCUCUGUUUUAUGUAAAAGGCCAUUCAAAGAUCAAGGUUUUACUGAGGAGAGUAUCCCUACACAUCCGUAUAUUUUGAACUCAAACAACCAACCUCCUGUCAGAUAUAUUUUCAUUUGGUCUGUCAUAUCCUGAUAAUAUGAGUUCAACUUUAAGUUUUUUCUGUGUCCUGAUAAGAAAAAUGCUUAUUUGAUCUACCAUUGAUCAAUAUUUUAUAUUUUAUUUUCUUUAGAUUAUAAUCCAAAAAGCUGGCUUAUUCAGUGAUAUUACAAGAGAGGACAAUCUAUACAGUGUGCCAAGACUUGAAUCUAGACUAUUAACUGUAUGCAUUUUAUAUGGCAACAGUGUAGACUUUAAGUUUGAGUAACAGUCCAGAUUUAUUUUUAUCAGAACUAUCUCAGCAACACCUUGUCAUAUGUCAUGACAUGAGGUAAACGGCUAUUAAACAUUGGUUGUAUUGACACAUGCACAAACAAAUGUAAUAUGCCAAAAAAAGGUAUUAAAAAAAAAAAAAGUUUGAUAAAUGUUAAACGCACAGUAGCUUAACACUGUCAUUGAGGAGCAAUGUGUAAUAAUACAUGUACAUUCAAAUUGUAUACAGCUGGUAUAAUAUCAGUCGUUUUGUUUUUGUUUUAGGUCCUCUGUCAUUGUGCUAACAUUUUGAUAUGCCACAGAGGUUGGCAUUUGUUUCUGGUAUUCAUAACAGUAUCAUGUUACUGGUAUUGUCAUUGUCGUACUAAUGGUAUUAUUGUUAUUAUAGAAAUUAAAAAAAUAUAUCUUAAAAA